AUGAAAGCCAUAAAAUUACUCUGUCUUCUGCUCCAUCUCUCGCUAGCCUUGCUCUAUGCAACUGCAGACCAUGGACCAACCAGUGGAACUAGCAUCAUCUUUGCCACACUCGGCAGAUUAGACUAUGCUUUUGACAUUUUUACCCUGCCAAUCAGAGACCCACCAACAAAAACCAAGGAGCUCCAGAUUACAGAUGGGAAAUCAGUAAAUUUCAAUGGUCACUUCCCUUGUCCAUCUCCCUCUCUCCUCUCUCUUUUACCCAACAAAACCCUAAUAAAUCCCACUGGCCAGCAAAACUCACCCCCUCUGAACCUCAUCUACGUCACAGAACGCGGUGGAUCAUCAAAUAUCUUCUACGAUGCGGUCUACGUCAAUAAUCCGCGAAGCACCAGAUCCAGGUCAGCCCUUGAAACUCCUACACGUGUACAAGUUCCUUUAUUGGAGGGGAAAAGUGGACUUUCGAUGAAGGAUAAGCCCACUGUAAGUGGAGAUUAUUUAAUAUACGUGUCAACACAUGAAGACCCACACGAGCCAAGGACGAGUUGGGCUGCAGUGUACUCGACCGAGUUAACUAACGGGAUGACUCGGCGACUCUCCCCGCAUGGAAUUGCCGAUUUCAGCCCCGCGGUGUCUCCUUCUGGCGUGUACACAGCCGUCGCUUCUUACGGUGAGAGAGGAUGGAACGGUGAGGUGGAGGAACUCAGUACAGACAUCUAUAUAUUCGUGACUCGGGAUGGGACUAACCGAGUCAAGGUUGUCGAACACGGCGGUUGGCCCAGCUGGGUGGACGAGUCGACUUUGUACUUCCAUAGAAGAAGCGAAGAAGAUAACUGGAUAAGUAUAUAUAAGGCGAUUUUACCGAGUCAAGGACCGAUUUCGAUUGAGUCAGUGAUCGUCGAGCGAGUUACACCACCUGGCCUCCACGCGUUCACUCCAGCUGCUUCUCCAGGUAACAACAAGUUUAUAGCAGUAACCACGAGAAGACCUAACUCGGAUUAUCGCCAUGUAGAGCUAUUUGACCUAGUUAAUAACGAGUUUAUCGAGUUAACUAGGUUGGUCUCGCCGCAAACACACCACUUGAACCCGUUUAUCUCGCCUGACUCUACCCUAGUUGGGUACCACAGAUGUAGAGGGGCUACAGAGGAUAAAAAGAGCGCCCACUUGUUACUAGAGAAUGUAAAGAGCCCAGCGCCAGACAUUUCGCUGUUUAGGAUUGACGGGUCGUUUCCUUCCUUCUCCCCCACGGGCGACCGUAUUGCUUAUGUUGAUUUUCCGGGUUUGUAUGUGGUAAACCGGGACGGUUCAAACCGGCGCCAGGUUUUUACUGGGAUGGCAUUCUCGACUGCUUGGAACCCGGCUCGGAGAGGUAUUGUUUACACAAGUGCUGGACCCACUUUUGCUAGUGAGAGUACUGAGGUUGAUAUAAUCUCCAUUACUGUUGAUGAUGAUUUGGGGAUGAUUAAUAAUUUUAAGAAGUUGACUAUUAAUGGUGAAAAUAAUGCAUUUCCUUCUGUUUCGCCCGAUGGGAAAUGGGUUGUGUUUCGGUCGGGUCGGUCAGGUCAUAAGAACUUGUAUAUAAUGGAUGCUUUGGAGGGUGAGAAAGGUGGGCUUUUUAGGUUAACGGAGGGUCCAUGGAGCGACACCAUGUGUAAUUGGUCACCAGAUGGUGAAUGGAUUGCUUUUGCAUCUGAUAGGGAGAACCCCGGUUCAGGGAGUUUUGUGUUGUUUUUGAUCCACCCGAAUGGGACCGGUUUGAGGAAGUUGGUUCAAAGUGGGUCGGCUGGGCGGGCAAACCACCCCUCUUUUAGCCCCGAUGGGAAUAGCAUUGUGUUUACUUCAGAUUACGGGGGCAUAUCAGCUGAGCCAAUCUCGAACCCACAUCAUUAUCAACCUUAUGGAGAGAUCUUCACGAUCAAAUUGGAUGGAUCUGAUUUGAAGAGAUGGACGCAAAAUUCCUAUGAGGACGGGACCCCUGCAUGGGGGCCUACAUAUAUGAAGCCGAAGGAUGUGGAGUGGCCAGGUGAGGGACCACAGUGCUCCUUUGAGGAUUGCCAUUGGCUCAAUAAAAUGCCAAUCCUUGGUGAUUGGGUUGCACCGUUAGACUCGACCAAGCCCGAAUGUGGUACUGGCGCAUGA